CGGCCGUCGAAUAAGACAUUUCCAAUUGUAAAACCCAUAUACUUUGAAAUGCAAGUUUUAUCGUCAAACAUAACUUUAUAAAGAAGAUUGCGUGAUCUAAAAAAUAUCACAAAAUGAAAUGGUUGCAAGAUCACGAAGUAGCAAUUAACUUGGCUUUAUUCAAGCGAUACCAAUUUUAUCAUAUAUUCAACCCAAACGGAUCGAAACUAUUAAAUUAUAACACUUACAAGCUCACAAACGCCAUGUUCAUUGUGGCCGUUACGACUUACAACAUAUUUUCUGCGAUGUGCUUUUUCACAGAUACCAUAGACACCAUCGACAGUGUUGAUUUAUUACUGAUAAUAUUUAUAUACUCUGUUAUUGUAAUUUCGUUAUUGAAAAUUGGCGUCCUUCUAUACAACGCAGAUCAAAUUUGGGAAUUGUUCGACCUGACGCGCCUUAAUUUUUUAACAAGCAGGCGGUGCCGCAAAAACGUCGGAAUUCUCUGUAAAUACCGCGAUAGAUCGAUAACGAUAACCAACUUUUACCAAAACUACAGCACCACGGUAUUCAUCUUAUGGAUGAUCGCCCCUUUGGUAUUGAAUACCUUUGUGGUGGUCGCAGGCCCGAAUCAGCGUUAUCAUAACAUUUUCAACAUGCAGUAUCCGGUAUCCGCGAAUAUUUACAAUCAAUAUUAUUACCUAUUUUAUUUAAUGGAAAUAGCAAUGGGAAUAUUCAUUUUAAAUUAUUCGAUGAUCAUUGACAAUUUCCUUAUAUCGUUAUGUUGGGCUGUCAUUGCACAGUAUGAAGUAAUUACCACAGCGUUGGAAAACAUCGGAAACGACUGCGAGCUUACAAACCUUCAAAACGAAAAAGAUAACAAUAGUUAUGAAGCAUAUGAAGAUCUUAAAUCAAUUAUAAUGGAUCAGAUCCAACUAUACACAAAAUUGAAAUCAUUCUAUCGUGUGGUGUGGAUAAUAGUUAUAUUUUUGAUUAUGAUAGAUUCAGUUUUAUUAAUAAUACUGACAUAUUCAUUUAUUAUGAUUUUUUCGUCAGCAGAAUCAUUUUCUAUUUUCAACAUACUUAAGAUCUCGACUGCGUUUUUUGUUUUUGUAAUUCAACUAUACUUAUACUGUUAUUUAUUUGACGAUCUAAAUGAUAAGAAAGAAUCCGUCAACUUUGGAUUAUAUUCUAGUGAUUGGACGAAGAUGGAUUUAAGAUUUAAAAAGUUAUUAUUAUUAGCCAUGAAGUUCAAUAAUGCUAAUAAAUUAAAGAUAAAAUCUACACCGAAUAAAAUCGUCAACUUACAACUAUUUUCUAGCGUGAUGACCACAACCUUCAACAUUGUCACGGUCAUGCUCAAAACAAUGAAUGGGAAAAAUUAAUUUUAGUACGAAUUUAAUAUGUAAUCUAUAUUCUAUAAUCGUAUAUAUGCAUAGACACAUAAUAAUAUAACUGUAUGCUGUAUGACACCUGUGAGAAGAAGAAUGUAGGCUUUAUUAUUUUCAAAUUCAAUAAUUUAAGAAUGGCUUGGCAAGUUUAAAUUUUUAAAUAACAGCAACAACUACCUUUACUGGUUCAAAGUGAAACGAGUGUCACUCCACUUUAUUACCUACAUAAAUAAAUGAUAAUUCAUAGUGCCUAUUUAUAAGUUUUACU